ACCAUGGUGGCAGAUGGGGACAGCCCGGGCAAGGGCUGCUCCUCCUCAGCUUGGGAGGGGAUCCCGAUGCCUUGGGGAACGAGGAGCUGGCAAGGGAACUCAGCUCGGUCACUGGCAACCCUUGCAGUGCUUUGGGAAACCUGAGAGCUCGCAGAGGACGUGCACGGCCACCAACUGGAGCAGGAGCCUCCGCCCAGAAUCACCGUCAGUUCAGUGCCCUCGUCCGGCACCUGAACCUCCAGCCCUGAGCCUGAGCAGUGUGCGGGGUCCGUCCCAGCCCCUGACCGCGGUGCAGGCUGCAGCUGCCUCGUCUCCUGCCCCUUCUUCUGUCAGGGCUCUGCCUCCAGUCCCACCAGCAGCAGGAACUGCUUGGAAAAUAAACACAUAUGAUCGCAGGAGUUAAAUAACUCUGAGGCUGGAUUGUUUCUGGAGGAAUUACAGGAAUUACAGGAAGUAGCGUUAGAGCUGUCUGAACCUCCAGUGCUGCACAGAAUCGAAACCAAGCUGGGGGCUGGUGCGGGAGGAGCCGGUGCUGCCCUUGUGGCAUGAGCACAGUUCUCCAGGCUGACACCGGCCGUCACCGCUGUCACUUCCUGGUGGCUGUGAGCGUCCCGCAGGGACAAGACGAACGCCAGCGCAGGACGUGCAGGAAGCCAGGCCGUGGCCAUCCAUCGUGUCUAUUUGCAGCCCGGGCUCGGCGGGGACUUGGAGAUGAGGCUGAUCCUGGCCGGGAAGGCUGGUGGGGGGAAAAGCGCCACGGGGAACACCCUCCUCGGGGAAUGUGUCUUCGAGUCCAAGCUGUCCACCCAGCCAGUGACCGUGAGAUGUGCGAGUGCACAGGGGCACUGGGACGGCGAGGACUUCACGGUGGUUGACACGGCCGACAUUUUCAACCCCGGAGGUGCCAGCAGCGAGGUGCACCAAGAAAUUAUCCGCUGCAUCAGGCUGUCCUCACCGGGCCCGCACGCACUGCUGCUGGUGACCCAGCUGGGCCGAUUCACCAAGGAGGACGAGGAGGCCGCAGAGAGACUGCAGGACAUCUUUGGAGCUGAUGUUUUGCAGCACACGAUCGUCAUAUUUACCCGUGCGGAAGAGCUGGGGGAGAGAUCUCUGCAUGACUACGUGUCCUGUACUCACAACAAAGCACUCCACAAGCUGAUCGAGAGAUGUGGGAACAGGUACUGCGGCUUCAACAACCGGGCAGUUGGAGCCGAACGGGAGCACCAGGUCAUGGAGCUGAUGGGGGUGGUCCGCUGCAUGGUGCGGGUGAAUGGGGACAGGUACUACAGCAAUGAGAUGUACCUGGAGCCCAAUUUAACAGAAGAGAAGGUGGCGUAUCACAUGGCGAGGUACAGAGCAGGCAGGAUAAAGAGGGUGCAAUUCAGAUGGAGGCCAUCCCGGAGAGUUGUCCUGGCUUGUGCGCUGAUUGUCCUCAUCAUUAUUGUGAUCACCCUGGGCAUCCUUAUCGCACGGCUGUGAUGAAUCCCAGCACCACAGAGCCACUGAAAGCCUGGGGCUGGAGGCACCUCUGCACCCCACAUGUUCUGUCCCUGCCCAGGCAGGGUCCCCAGCGCCGGCUGCCCAGGACCGUGUCCACUGGGUGUUGGACAUCUCCGGGGAUGGAGACCCCAGCACCGCUCUGGGCAGCCUGUGCCAGCGCUCAGACAACCGCACAGCAAAAAAAGACUUUCCUGAUGUCUCAGCGGGUGUCCUUGUGCCUCCAGCAGUGCCCAUGCUCUUGUGUCCAGACUCUGGGCACCCCACCAGGCGUUCACACACACAGACGGGACCCCCAAGUCCCAGUGUAAUGGAACCAACUCUCCCUUGGAAACGAAGAGGAAUUGUCUAUUUUUAUUGAGCUUCCCUUUAAUCAGUUAUCAUAUAUGUAGUGCAGGACAAAAAAUAUGUUUAACUUUUAAUCCAGGCUCCCUUUGUUCAGGGACAGAAUGCUCCUUCUGGGAGAAACCAAGGAAAGUUGCCAAUAGAAAGUAGCCUGAGGUCGUGCUUCGGUGAUGUGUGGCCAUCGAUGGAUAAAAGGGGUUAGGGUGCUUCAUCGGGGAACACCACCAAGGACCCCCACAGAAAGGAAGGCAUGCGCAGAAGUUCCUGAAAAGGAGCCAUUAAGAAUGAUGCCACAUGAGCACAAAACUCAGGUAGAUUAGAAUGAAUAUGUAUUAGAUCACUAGAAUAGUCAUGAAUUUAAUGUCUCCAUGGAGCCAGGAAGUCGACAUUGGCUGUGCUUGAUGUGUGGAAACUGCACCAAGCUCUGAGGCCUGAAUAAAAGCAAUCUCUCUCCUGA